AUGGAAUCGAAAGAGCUUGCAGUCCCGUUGGGAUCACUUGUCUGCGUGACUGGCUCGAAUGGUAUGGUUGGGAGUCAUAUUGUUGACCAGGUCCUGGCUUUUGGAUAUCGCGUUCGUGGUAUUGUACGCAACCUCCAGAAAUCGGACUGGAUGCUCGAACACUUCAACACCAAAUACGGCGCGAACGCUCUCAAAGUCGUCCAAGUCCCCGACCUCGCUAUCGAAGGGUCGUUGGACAGCGCGCUCCAAGACUGCGUCGCCCUAAUCCACGCCGCCUCAGACCUCUCCUUCUCCCCGGACCCCAACACCGUCAACCCCUCCUCCAUAAACCAACUCCUCUGCACCCUACACUCCGCCCUAAAACACCCAACCCUAACCCGCUUCAUCUUCACCUCCUCCUCCCUCGCCGCCGCCUCCCAAACCCAGCCCCCGGACCCCUACUCCCUCACCCCCACCUCCUGGAACACCCUCGACCUCGCCGCCGCCUGGGCUCCCCCGUCCUACACCUUGCCUCCCGACCGCUUCACAAAAGUCUACGCAGCAUCCAAAGUGCAGGCCGAGCAGGCGUUCUGGGAAUGGAUGGAUCGGACACGGCCGCAUUUUGUCGGCAAUGCGGUGUUGCCGGAUUGGGUUACGGGGGCGCCGGUGCAUGGGGCGCAAGGGUUUCCGAGUGGGGUGGCGUUGAUGAGGGGGUUGUGGUAUGGCGAUUCGGGGUUUCGGGCGGUGGGGCCAGGGCAUGGGGUGGAUGCGGGUGAUGUGGGGAGGUUGCAUGUUGCGGCGAUGGCGAGGGGGGAUUGUGCUAGUGAAAGGGUGUUUGCGUAUGGGUGGUCGAGGCGGUGGACGGAGGGUAUUGAGAUGUGGCAGGAGAUGUAUCCGGAUCAUGAGUUUCCUGAGCCUCCACCUAACGAGGGCUAUGAUAUGUCCGCCGGCAGGGUGACUGCACGACCGCGAGCAGAGGAACUACUGGAAUGGAUCAGUGGUAAGACUUUCCGGCCUAUGGAGGAGAGUCUCAAGGAGUUGGGUGAUUACAUCGAGAAGGACUAUAAGGCAAACACUGAGUCGUGA